GAAAUUUUGAGAAACAGCAGCAGCCAUGUCCGUCCAGCGCUUCCACGCCAAAAGAAGACUUGGGAAUCGCGUCGUGAUCUUUCUCCAACGCAAACAAACACUGCCCUAAAUCUCCCCAUAACGAUCCAAUUCGACCUACGAAACUUUCAGCAUCCGACGAAAAGUUCACGAAUCAGAAACACAAGUCAAUUAUCUAUCAACAAUGCCGGAGGACGAUAUUAGAAACAAGUUCCUCGAUGCUGGCGAUAGCGACGACGAUGCGGGCCACGGUUCCGACUCGGAGGAUGAUUUCCAAAAGGGUGGCCGUAACGCCAAGCGCAGAAGAGUGAGCGAUGACGAGGACAGCGAAGCCGGCGACUUUACCGACGCAGAGGAGGAGCACGACCAAGAUGAUGCUGAAAACAAGGACGCAUCUGCAAAGGACGGCCAGGAAACAGCAGAUGGAAAGGAAAAGAAGGAUGGAAAGAAGGACAAGGAGAAGGAGAAGAAGUCGGUACUAGCGAGUGACCUUCCGGGCAUGACGAAGCCUCUCACAAAGAAGAAUCUCAUCGUCACGGAGGAGGCCAUCAAGAAGUCGGGAGUAGUGUACAUCUCCAGGGUACCACCUUUCAUGACUCCUGCCAAGUUGCGCUCGCUGUUGGAGCCGUACGGAAAGCUGAAUCGCAUAUUCCUGGCCCCCGAGGACCCAGUUCUGCGGCGCAAGCGCAUUCGCAGCGGAGGCAACAAAAAGAAGAUGUUUACAGAAGGCUGGAUUGAGUUUGUCAAGAAGAAGGACGCCAAAAAGGCAUGCGAACUCCUUAAUGCCCGUCCAAUCGGAGGCAAGAAGGGAUCCUACUACCGCGACGAUAUCUGGAACCUGCUCUACCUCAAGGGUUUCAAGUGGCACAACCUGACCGAACAAAUCGCUGCUGAGAACGCCGAGCGAUCCAGCAGGAUGCGCGCUGAAAUCUCCAAGACAACCAAAGAAAACAAGGAGUUCGUCCGCAACGUGGAGAGGGCCAAGGUGCUGCAGGGUAUUCAGGCAAAGAAGGCGUCCAAGGGCAGCAAGGAGGGCGGUGAGGGUGCCGCCCAAGUCACAGAAUCUACUACUCCCUCUGCGGCGACGACGACGACGACGACAACAACAACAAACGACGAUAAGAGGAGAACAUUCAAGCAAAUACCCCUGGCCAAGAAGAGGAAGCUCGAUGAGACACAGCCCGAGCAAGUACAAAGAGUACUCAGCAAGAUCUUUUAACCUUUUCGUUUGGCCCCCGAACAAAUAGGUUUGAGACACGGAGCGUUCAUGUAGCUGUGGGAUUUUUUUCGUCAAAGCGACUCCGAGACAUUAGAGAUGGGUGGUGUUGAUUUUCUUUUCCUUAGGCAAUUGUAUAUAU